GCUGUACAUAGUCAGUUGACUCAGUUCAGUCUCCGACUCUAGGCCCAAGUACCAUAUUUUACUUAAGGCCCAUACAAUCUAUCAAAGUAUGUACUCGUGGGCCCAAGCCCAUUCUGCGUUCUGUUCUCAUCUUUCGGCCGCCUGCAAUGUAAAAUCUUCUCCGCUGGAAAAGUACAAGAGAUUUCGUUUUAUGCUGCACAGUACUUUCUCGAUUCAUCUGGUAAAUUCAAGCAUCUUCAAGCGAGCUCCACAAAAUUUCCCCUACAUUGAAGUUUCUUGUUCGCGGGAAAAAAUGGCGAGGGAAGCUCCUAACUGGGAAGGCCUGCUCAAGUGGAGCCUCGCGCACUCAGAUGGCACCAAUUCUUCUCGUAAUUUGAGUGAGGAAGAUAGAAAAUGGUUUAUGGAAGCGAUGCAAGCGCAGACGGUUGAUGUUGUUAAGCGUAUGAAAGAGAUAACGUUCGUUAUGAAGACCCCAGAUGAGAUUUUGGAGUCUCAAGGAGUAACUCCUCAAGAUAUUGAAGAUAUGUUGGAUGAGCUACAAGAGCAUGUGGAAUCUAUUGAUAUGGCCAAUGAUCUUCACUCUAUUGGUGGCUUGGUUCCUCUCCUUGACUACCUGAAGAACUCACACGCUAACAUAAGGGCGAAAGCUGCGGAAGUUGUUAGCACAAUCGUACAAAACAACCCGAGAAGUCAACAGCUGGUUAUGGAAGCUAAUGGUCUCGAGCCUCUUUUGUUGAAUUUUACUUCAGAUCCCGAUGUCACAGUCCGUACCAAAGCACUUGGUGCAAUUUCAUCUCUAAUCAGACAUAACAAGCCUGGAAUUAUCGCAUUCCGCCUGGCCAAUGGUUAUGCCGCUCUGAAAGAUGCGCUAAAUUCUGAGAAUUUGAGAUUUCAAAGGAAAGCACUCAACUUGAUCAACUAUCUACUUGGAGCUAAUCCCUCAGACUGUGGGACCGUGAACGAACUUGGAUUUACUCGUAUUUUCAUGCACCUCUCGUCCAGUGAAGAUGCUGAUGUACGCGAAGCUGCACUGAAGGGCCUACUUGAGCUGGCCCAAAAUCGGCCCGUAGCAAAGCCUGAUAGUGGACCCACAGAAGAAGAUGAGAAACUCAAACAAAUUCUACAGGAGAGAAUUAAAGGGAUUAGUCAAAUGUCGGCUGAGGAUUUAAGGGCCGCACGAGAAGAAGGGCAGCUUGUAGACUCUCUUUGGAGCAUUUGCAAUGAUGGGCCUUGUCCUCUGCGUGAAAACGGGCUUGUUGCCUUGAAUGGAGAUGAUGGGCCGCCUCCAGAUGUUGCCAGCCUGCAUUUUGAGCCGCCACUCAGAGCUUGGGCCGCCAAUGGUGGUGGGGAUAAGAAGCCCAGUGGCGAAAACGACAUUCCGUUGCUUAUAGGCCCGGGCCCGCCUGAGGGAGGUGCUUCCUAGUGAAGUGCAGUUUGAGAUGACUACAUGACCUAGGUCAUAUUUGUGUCUUUUUUUUUUUUUUUCAAUCUUUUUGAACUUUUGUGAUUUUGUUUACUGUCAUUUGUUGAUAUACUCUACGCGAAUGGUUUCUAGUUUGGGCAUUUGGGGUUUGUUUGAUAUAAGCUUUUAAAUGGUUAAAUUGUUGAUUACUAGAUAAAAUUUAACUAUCUUGCAAAGU